GCGGGUGCCAGCUCUCCGCGGCCUGGUGGAGCCCGCGCCGGAGGCCCGGGGCACGUGCAGACCGGAGUCCCUUGAGUGGCGCGCCCGGGACGUGAGUGCCCCUUGCCUUGCCCGGCACCUGACCCCUUCCCCGCCCACCGCGUGCGCUUUGGCACGGCUUCAAUCAUCCGAGCAGGCCCCGCCCUCCGCCGCGGCCUCCGCUAGCCUGGGAGGACGCACGGACCCGGGCUGCGGAGAUUCUGCAGCCGAGGCCCCUGAGCGGACACCACCACCACCACCACCCCGAGACGACGGCGGAAAAGCCACCCCCGCCAGGACGGAGGCGGUCAUCGCGCACCCGCUUUCUGCUCCGCUGGUUCCAGCCGGCGCGAGGACAAAACACGCGUGCGCCGGGCGGGCGGGCGCGCGCGCUACAGCUUCAGCAAGCGGUGCGAGGUGCACGCCGCCCUUUUGCCGGAGCAGCCGCCGCAGCAGCUCCGCCCUGGGGGACUGAGGGCGCGGCAAGGGACUGAGCCGAACUGGACGCGCGACGCAAACGGCUCUCAAGGCAAGAGGGACUGUGGCCCUGCAACGGCGCCGCUCGGGAUUUCCUGCCCUUCGGUCCGGCACGACUGAUUCUCCUGUUCUCUCUGCCCGGCCCCCCGGCGCGACCUCGCUCCUCACCCGGAGCACCGCGAUGGAAGUCCCGCCCCGGCUCUCCCAUGUGCCGCCGCCAUUGUUCCCCUCCGCUCCCGCUACUUUAGCCUCCCGCAGCCUCUCCCAUUGGCGGCCGCGGGCUCCCCGGCAGCUCGCCCCGCUCCUCCCUUCGCUCGCUUCCAGCUCCUCCCGGCAGGGGGCGCGCCGGACCCAGCGCCACGUCACCGCCCAGCAGCCCUCCCGAUUGGCGGGCGGGGCGGCUAUAAAGGGAGGGCGCAGGCGGCGGCCGGAUCUCUUCCGCCGCCAUUUUAAAUCUAGCUCCAUACAACGCUCCGCCGCCGCUGCCGCCGGGACCCGGACUGCGCGCCAGCACCCCCUUGCCGACGGCUCCGCCACCAUGGAGGACAUGAAUGAGUACAGCAACAUAGAGGAGUUCGCAGAGGGAUCCAAGAUCAACGCGAGCAAGAACCAGCAGGAUGACGGUAAAAUGUUUAUUGGAGGCUUGAGCUGGGAUACAAGCAAGAAGGAUCUGACUGAGUAUUUGUCCCGAUUUGGGGAAGUUGUAGACUGCACUAUUAAAACAGAUCCAGUCACUGGAAGGUCGAGAGGAUUCGGAUUUGUGCUUUUCAAAGAUGCUGCUAGUGUGGAGAAGGUUUUGGAACUGAAAGAACACAAACUGGAUGGCAAAUUGAUAGACCCCAAAAGGGCCAAAGCUUUAAAGGGGAAAGAACCCCCUAAAAAGGUUUUUGUGGGUGGAUUGAGUCCAGAUACUUCAGAAGAACAAAUUAAAGAAUACUUUGGAGCCUUUGGAGAGAUAGAAAAUAUUGAGCUUCCCAUGGAUACAAAAACAAAUGAAAGAAGAGGAUUCUGUUUUAUCACAUAUACAGAUGAAGAGCCAGUAAAGAAAUUGUUAGAAAGCAGAUACCACCAAAUAGGUUCUGGGAAGUGCGAAAUCAAAGUUGCACAACCCAAAGAGGUGUACAGGCAGCAGCAGCAGCAACAGAAAGGUGGCAGAGGGGCUGCAGCUGGUGGAAGAGGUGGUGCUAGGGGACGCGGAAGAGGUCAGGGCCAAAACUGGAACCAAGGAUUUAAUAACUAUUAUGAUCAAGGAUAUGGAAAUUAUAAUAGUGCCUAUGGUGGUGAUCAGAACUAUAGUGGCUAUGGCGGCUAUGAUUAUACUGGGUAUAACUAUGGGAACUAUGGAUAUGGACAGGGAUAUGCAGACUACAGCGGUCAGCAGAGCACUUACGGCAAGGCUUCCCGUGGGGGCGGCAAUCACCAGAACAAUUAUCAGCCCUACUAAAGGAGGACGCUGGGAGAUCAGCGGGAACUUCAUUGCAGGCCGUGUGUCACCCUGACCACGUCUAUCUCUGGGGGUCGCACGUUGCGGGCAGAGCGCAAGGCAUACACCAGAAAACGCUGUCCUGUGGUAUGGUCUCUUCCAACUUCAUGUACCAGCGUAAAGAUUAAAGUGGAAAACUUCAGACUUUGGCUUCUUUUUUAAUCUUUUUGGAGAUUAAGUGUCUAAACUUAACUUAAAUGGUUUUUUGCAGGAGUUAAAGUACAUAAAUGCCUUUUUACAGCUUAAUCAUUUUGGUCUUCUGUUUAGUGUUGUAUUUCAAUUGUGGAGCCUCAUUUUAAGUGUUCAUUCUUUAAGAUUUAAUGCUUGCUUUUUCUUUUUAUAGCUAAUAGUGAAAUCUACAAACCAAAACAAGAACUUGUAAAUCUGGGCUAUAAGUUAAAGAUCACAUGCACAAUACAGUUGUUGCUGUUACAACCUAGAUCAUAUGCACAAUGCAAUUGUUACUCUGUUACUGUUACACACCUACCUGGAAUCGGUGGUAGCAUUCCAGCUGGCUUACUAGGGAUGCUCCUCGUUGGCCCACACUGCUGGACUCACAACAGGGAAGAUUGCAUUCCCAUGUUCUAAAUUAAAUCUGUUGCAUGUCAUUUGGAACUCCAGUGAGUUUCAAUACCCAAGCUAUACUUUGCUGAUGAAUACGCAUGUGAUCUUUAAUUGAAGUGAGGACUUAAAGCAGUUCAUGAAAGUGGACCUUUGCAAGCUUGUGGGAACUGCACACAUCUAAUGGGUGUUUUGUUUUUGUUUUAGGAGGUGUAAAGAAACCAUCUUACAGGACGACAUUGAAGAUUGCUUGAUCUUCUGUUGACCUAAGAUGAUUAUUCUGUAACAGACUUUGUAGUGUGCGGCACAGUUGUGUCCGACUGUACAUAGCUGCCAAUUAGUUCCUCUGUUCUUACUCUGUCCUUUGCUACCUGUGUUAUGACUCAAUGUGGAUUUGUGUUUAUACACAUUUUUAUUUGUGUGGUUUCAUGUUAAACCUCAAAUAAAUGCUUCCUUAUGUGAUUGUUUUUCUGCGUCA